UCCGCUGCUUUGCCAGUUCGACCCCAAAAAUCGUUUGCCAUACACUGAGCUGAGCAGGAAAGCUCGAAUCAACGAACAGGAGUCUUAUAAAUGUGCCUGUAGAUGAAGGUCUGCUUCUAUCGAUGCCUCUGAAGGUGAUGAAUGUGAAGAAGACGUUGGAGCUCGGUGUCUUCACUGGUUAUUCUCUUCUCACUACUGCUCUUUGCACUGCUGCUGAUGGCAAAAUAACAGCAAUUGAUGUAGAUAAAGAAGCCUAUGAGGUUGGACUGCCAUUUAUUCAGAAGGCUGGGGUGGAACAUAAGAUUAACUCGUGCCAGUCAGAUGCCUUCACUGUCCUAAAUGAUUUCAUUACCGAAGGGGAGGAAGAAGGGAGCUUUGAUUUUGCAUUUGUGGAUGCCGACAAGGACUCGUACAUGGAAUAUCACAAGCAGCUGAUGAAGCUUGUGAAGGUUGGAGGAAUCAUAGCUUAUGAUAACACAUUGUGGUUUGGGACAGUGGCGGAGCCUGAGGAGAAUGUGCAAGAAUUUGCAAGGAAGGGCAGAAAACAUUUGCUGGAACUCAACAGCUUUCUCGCCGCGGAUGACCGUGUUGAGCCAGCCGUUGUUUCCAUCGGAGAUGGACUCACCCUCUGCACGCGUCUCUGUUAACUU